CACUCGUAGCUUAUUAAUUAUCUACUCACAUGCCACUCCAGUUGCAAAAAUCAAGCCAGACAAACUAUAAAAAACCCCAUCUUUGAUCUCUCCCAUCACCGUCCUUCCAAGUUCCAAUCCCUGCUGAUCCUUGCGUCCUUGGUGCGCGUACCAAUUCCGUGAUCGCCAUCGUUCUUGCUCUGCUUGACUGCUUCCCUCCAGAACCCGCUUACAUAAGGGGAGGAGGUGCGCCCACCCCGACACCCCACGGGAGCAGCCCGCUGCGCGGCGCUGCGAAGGCCAAAACCCCGCACCACCUCCCUCUCCCUCCCCUGCUGCCCGCUGCGGCGCUGCCGCGCACUCCAUUCCCAUCGCACCACUCCCCUCCCCUUUCGAUCUCCUCCACGAAACCCACUCGCUUUUUCGAGCAAAUCCUCACUCGCGCUGACGUCCCCGCCGCUGCCCUCCAGCUAGCGCCCAUCCAGCUCGCGGUCAGGCUCAGGCAGGCCUCGGCUCGUCAGCAACCUUGGAAGGCUCUCUGCAGCAGGCUCGCCCAGCGCAAUGGCAGGCGGCAAUGGCGCCGCCGCUCGUCUCGUCCUGUUCUUCGCCGGCCUGCUUAUCGUGCCGCUGCUCGUGGCCGGCGACGACCCGUACCGGUUCUUCACGUGGACCGUGACCUACGGCGACAUCUACCCGCUCGGCGUCAAGCAGCAGGGGAUCCUGAUCAACAACCAGUUCCCGGGGCCGCAGAUCGAGGCGGUCACCAACGACAACCUCAUCAUCAACGUCUUCAACAAGCUCAACGAGCCGUUCCUCCUGUCCUGGUACCGCCCCGUGACCCCCUUCCUGACCCAUCUCCAUUCUCCAGUGGUUUUCUCACCGCAUCGAUCGUCCCCUUGCCCGCAUGCACCACCGCUGCUCCUUCGUAGACUGCACUUUAUUCAUCUGAAAAUAACAAAUGCAACCAAAGGUAUCUAUCUGAAGGCCACAACCUGAAACCAGUCCUAACCUUGUUAUCUGGUCUGGCUUCAACCUUUUCGGUCUCAUUGGUAGGAAACGCAAAGUCUGGCUGCGAUCGAUCUAGGAGCAGUACUCAUCAUUUUAACAUUUUAACUAGUGCUGCUGCUGCUCUCUGAUUCCAACAAGUGAAUGGACGCACCAGUAUUUUGGUCUGACGUUACUGAAUGCACAAUGCGGUCACCCAUGUUGGGAUCUCUGCUUUGUAAAUGCCCAAAUAUGAAGCAUGAACAGUAAGAAAGGUGGCAAUGAAAGUAAGUGUCGAACU